UUUUGUGCGAAGAGCUACUUCAGUACACAUAGCCUACUGGAAAUCUGUACAGUCCUGUUAAGGAAGAAGUUCUACAACUCAGAAAUCCCAGGGGAGAAAACAAAACGUCACGAGUACGAGGUUUUAAAAAUUUCAUAAGAGGGUUAAUCAAUUCAGGACGUGUGACGUGAUAUCCGCGAAGACAAAUAAAAGAACCUGAGCUGUUGUCAGGUGUCACUAUGCAAUGUCGUCUCUCGGUGCGUCCUUCGUGCAAAUCAAGUUCGAUGACAUUCACUUCUACGAGAACUGUGGUGGAGGCAGCUUUGGAAGCGUAUACCGAGCCAAGUGGAUCUCGCAGGACAAAGAAGUAGCAGUGAAAAAGCUGCUGAAGAUCGAAAAUGAGGCUGAAAUCCUGAGUGUUCUGAGCCAUAGAAACAUUAUUCAGUUCUUUGGAGUGAUCUUGGAGGCGCCCAACUAUGGCAUUGUGACAGAGUAUGCGAGCGGAGGAUCCCUGUAUGAAUACCUGUCCAGCGAGGAGAGUGAAGAAAUGGACAUGGAGCAAGUCAUGACCUGGGCCAUGGAGAUUGCCAAAGGAAUGCACUAUUUGCACUGCGAGGCCCCUGUGAGGGUAAUCCACAGAGAUCUGAAAUCCCGGAAUGUGGUGGUGACUGCUGACAAAGUGCUGAAGAUCUGUGACUUUGGGGCCUCCAGGUUCCACUCCCACACCACACACAUGUCCUUGGUGGGAACAUUCCCGUGGAUGGCCCCUGAGGUGAUUCAGAGCCUGCCAGUUUCAGAGACCUGCGACACGUACUCCUAUGGCGUGGUGCUAUGGGAGAUGUUGACAAGCGAGGUUCCAUUUAAAGGACUGGAGGGACUACAAGUGGCCUGGCUGGUGGUGGAGAAAGGCGAGAGACUUACCAUUCCCAGCAGCUGCCCAGUUAGUUUUGCCGAGUUGAUGAGGAAGUGCUGGAUGACUGACCCGAAGGAAAGACCAAUGUUCAAACAGAUCCUGACGACUCUGGAGUCCAUGUUAAAUGACAGCCAGCUUCCUGACCAGUGCAAUUCCUUCCUACAUAACAAGGCUGAGUGGAGGUGUGAGAUUGAGGCUACACUGGUGAGGCUGAAGAAGCUGGAGAGAGACCUGAGCACCAAGGAGCAGGAGUUGAAGGAGAGGGAGCAGCGACUCAAGAUGUGGGAACGCAAGCUGAUUGAGCAGUCCAACACCCCUCUUCUUCCAACCCUCAAUAUUCAUGCCUGGACAGAAGAGCAUGUGCAUUUCUGGAUGAGGCAGAUUUUUGCGGCAGGCAAGGGGGCAUGUGACAUGCAGAUGUAUGCAGACCUGUUUAAGGAGAACCACAUCACAGGGAGGAGGUUGCUCCUGCUCACAGAGACAGACAUGAAGGACCUGGGGGUCAAGUCAAAGGGUCACAUCAUUCAUCUUAAGAGUGAGAUUGAGAAGUUAACCAAUGAUUACUUGGGAUUGUUCCAUUUCCCGCCAUUAAGGAAGGAUGAGGGGGCAGAAGAGGAGGAGGAUGAGAGGAAGGUUAUUGGCCUGGAGCUAGUCUUUGGCUACCACUGGAAACCUGGAACAGGUCCACAGGACUGCAAGUGGAAAAUGUACAUGGAGUUGGAUGGAGAUGAGGUUGCAAUUACCUACAUUAAGGACGUCACCUUCAAUGCCUACAGACCUGAUGUGGAUGCUCUUAAGAUGACCAAGCCACCAUUUGUAAUGGACAAAUGGAUUGUCGGACUGUUGGAUAAUCAGGUUGUUGACUGCGUGGUUAAUUAUGAGAACGAUGUGAGAUCCCCCAAGGUCACCAGACACAGCCAUGCCAUACAGUGGAACCCCGUCAGUGGCCAAGAUGACAUCAUCACCUUGGAGCUAGUGAUACAGUCUGUACAGUCUGACAUGGAGGGGAAGCCUAGGAGCAGGUCGAACUCAGACGUUGAUCCCUGGUGGAUGUUGAGCCUGAGGCAGAAGCAGCUGAAGAGCGAGUCUGAGCAGCAGUGCAUGGCGGUGACUCCUUCCAGCUGCUCUGAGGUGAAAACCCUGCCCCAGUUCCUCAGUAUGUGUGGAAAUCAGACCUCCUAUGCAGCGGCCGUCAGGAAGUCACCCAGCCGCAGCCCAUUAUUGCCCUGGCCAGACUCUCGGAGCUUGUCCCCCACCUCUGGGCUGUCCAAAAGGCUCUCAUCCACUCACCUGGGGUCAAAGGGCAGCAGUCCCACCAGCACCACCUCAGAGAGCACGUCUGAGAAAGAGCGCCCAAUUAACGGUGGAGCCUGUUCUGGAUACCGAAAGAACAGUUUCCCUGGCCAUUUGCCAAUGGUGGCCAGAGGGCACAACGGGGACUUUCGUUCAACCACUGGAAGCAGGCCUGGGAGGGGGCAGACCAGGUCUCUCAGCUCCAGUGCACAACCAUACAGCCAUUUAAAAGUGAUACCUGGUAUGACUGUGCCCCCAAACAAUACCAGGACAGAGCCUGAGGAGGCCAAGACCAGUGAGGGUGGUUGGAUCAAAGUGGAACGUUCAAAAAAAUCACAGAAACAGGACAAUAAACAGGUUAGAGGUCGGUCUUGGAGAGGUGGGAGAGGUUUCCGUGGGCGAAGCUGAAGCCAUCUCUGAAAGCCAUAGGGUUUUUAUGUAGACCUUGUGAUUGAACAGCACAGUAGAUUUACAUGGCUGCUCAUUAAAAGAAAGGAAAGACUAUUAUAUUUUUAUUUUUCAGAAACAUAAAAAACAUGUCAAUGAGCACUGUUGGAACUCUUUCUUCUACUGUAUGAAGUCAUCUUUGCAAGGAGGGACUCAACUGGUGGCAUUUUUAAAUCACAUCUUUAAAAAGUCAAAUUUUUGUUUCUGCACUGUAAAAAUAUUCCCUGCACUGUGUUUGGAAAAAUUAUUUAACCACUGUACAUCCGUUCUACUCCAAAGACAGUUAAAAUCACAUUCACUUAAAUUAUUGUGAAGUCUUAUCUACAGUAUAGUAAUCAUAGCAAUAGUAACCAAAUAGGUUUUUUAAAUGUAGAAAUUUAAUGUUGAAUUUUUCCAGAUAUUUAUAUUUAUUGCAUGAUUAAUGCAAAUGUUUGAUAUAUUUUAUUUUAUGGUGGUACUGGGCUACUAGGCUAGGUCUCCACAAAAGGAGAUUUUAUAUUUAGUCUAUAUAUUUAAUAAAUGCAGGGGUGGAAGUGGAAACAAAUUCUAGGAAUAUCAAGAAUUUGUUUUCAAAACCAAUACAGGACAUGUUUGUGAGAGUAAAGACAUAUACACUAGAUGACCAAAAGUACUUCCCAUCCCAGCCACACCCAUUGCUAACAGGUACAUAAAAUCAAGCAUACAGCCAUGCAAUCUCCAUAGACAAACAUUGGCAGAAGAAUGGGUUAUACUGAAGAGCUCAGUGACUUUCAAUGUGGCACUGUCAUAGGAUGCCACCUGUCCAACAAGUCAGUUUGUCAUAUUUCUGCCUAGCUUCAGCUGUCCCAGUCAACUGUAAGUGCUGUAAUUGUGAAGUGGAAAUGUCUAGGAGCAACAGCAGUUGAGCCACAAGUGGUUGGCCACACAAGCUCAGAACAGGACUGCCCAGUGCUGAAGUGUUAGCGCAUAAAAAUUGUCUGUCCUCGGUUGCAACACUCAUUACCGAGUUCCAGACUGCCUCUGGAUGCAACGUCAGCACAAGAAGUAGUCAUCGGGAGCUUCAUGAAAUGGGUUUCCAUGGCCGAGCAACCACACACAAGCCUAAGAUCACCAUGCGCAAUGCCAAACGUUGGCUGGAGUGGUGUAAAGCACACCAACAUUGGACUCUGAAGCAGUGGAAACACAUUCUCUGCAGUGUUGAAUCAUGCUUCACUAUCUGGCAGAUGGACAAAUCUGGGUAUGGGGAAUGCCGGAGAACACCGCUCACUUCACAAUAAGUUGCAAAGUUACUUUUAUCUCUAUGUAUUUUUUCAUGAAUAAAGCCUCAUGCAUAAUCUGA